AUGUCAGCCAGGGUGUCUCCAGCACACAUCGGCGAACCUCGGCAUGCUGGACCGAAGUACAACUGGAACAUGGAUGCCCGCCUUGUUCCCCAGUCCACGGCGAUCGUCUCUGCGCUAUUGAUGGUGUACUUGAUCGUGCAAUCUGCAACCGGUGGCUACGAUGAGUCCAUGCUGAACGGCCUGAACAUUUUGCCAACAUAUACCUACUACUUCCGCUUGAACGAUGUGACAACAGGCCUUAAGAACGCGUCGGUCUUCAUUGGAGGAAUCCUCGGUCCACUGGUGUCAGGGCCAGCGGCUGACAGGCUGGGCCGUCGCCCGACGAUUUUCUGGGGAUCGUGUAUCACAAUCAUCGGCAUCAUCCUUCAAACCGCAGCGCAAAACGUCGUCAUGUUCGUCGUGGCUCGCAUUGUAUUGGGUUUUGGUAAUGCGAUUACCGGUAUCGCUGUAGAGUCUUUCCGGGAUGCAACUCACCUUGAUAGCCCAGAAUCACCACGUUGGCUGGUGCAUCAAGGAUAUUACGAAGAGGCGCGCCUUUCCGUCGCUCAAACCAACGCCGGGGGUAACACUUCCGAUCCAGUAGUUGUCGCCAUAUUCAAAGAAAUCGUCGACACGCUGAAAUGGGAAAAGGAGCAAGGGCACAACAUGAGCCCGAUCGAAAUUUUCACCGCACCUUCUUCCAGACCGCGACUCCUGAUCGCAAUGUCUGCCGGCCUGUUUUCUUGCAUUGCCGGAAACAUUAUCGCGUUUUAUUACUUCGGCUUGGAGUUGAGUUCUGCUGACAUCGAUGACACAAAUGACCAGCUCAAGGCGGUGCGCAACCCAUUGAAAUUAAAAAUGCCGGUCUACGGGGAUGUCGCUGUGAUGUUUCUCUUCCAGGGCUGCUACUCGAUCGCGUGGACGCCACUUCUGUACCUCUACCCGCCCGAGGUUAUGAACUACUCCAUUCGAGCGAAUGGGGUGGCAUUCCCCUCCGAUUUAAACGCAUUUGCUUAA